UUUCUUUUAACAAAAAAAAAAAAAAAAAAAAAAAGCGCCACAUGUUUCGCAUUACCUACGACAAUAAACAAAUAAUUUUUGUUAGUUUCAUAAAUGUAAGAAUGAUAUAGGGAUAAAUAGAAACAGAUGCAUGAUCUUCAGUUUCCUGGGAUACCGUCGUUAACUGCCCUAGUGUUUUCCCUGACAACUCUGGUGAAACUCAGAGAGCGAUCAUUGUGACUGUAGGAAUGGCCAAUGGUGAAGGAUUAUUCUUUAGAGAGACUGCAGAAUUUACAGUGAAAGGUCCGAUACCUCUGUUCUGUGAAGAGGAAAAGAGGAAUGUUUCCGGCUGUGGUGUCCUCGAUCUCCACUUGGUCAAGCCAUCCAGAAUUGGUGAGAUAGUCUUCAGGAAUUACUACACAGCGACGAUAAACAUAUUGAUACAGAGAACAGCAGAGAAUGACCCGUCUAACCGGAAGAAUCUACCUUGGGAGAUGUGGAUACCUAAAAAGGUCCUCAUGCCUUCACCGCACCUCGAAGAAGGCUGCAACGAGCUAUUCUCCCUCUCUGCCACAGAGAGCCUUACUGAGUUGGACAGGGUCGUACUAGUCCGGUUUAUUCUACGACAGCCCUCACCGAUUUGGAAUGUGUUCCGACUGGAAGAGAUCAACAUCUUCACCGAACUGCCAAGACUCGGCGCCAUCGCUGCUGAAUUCCAUGAAGCCCAGAGACUGUUGGAGCUUAUGAGGAAACAGACAGUCCUCGCCUUGACAACUCUUCCUCAAUAUGACGAUCUCUUAAUGGACCCCACCCUAUCUGCGGCUGCUAAACAGCAGUUACAGCAAGUCGCACCUCCUAUAGACAAUUCACAAGCUAUACCAUACGAAAUACAAAAACUCCCCAUUACAUAAAAAUGAAAUUAUAUUUAUAUUUGAUCUACAGA